AUGGAUAAAUUUAACAAAUAUCUGUGGGGCUCUAUAUCAUUUAAGUGUUUGCAAGAUUCUUUGUUCUUUGCUCCCGGGAAGAGAGAGAGUGAUGAAAACAAUGAUGGGAAGGGGAAAGGACAUAAAAAGGGUAAAAAGGCGGUGCAGAGUUCAGUGAAAAAAGGGAAGAAAAACAUGGAGGAUGAGAAGUGUAAAAGAAUUAACAGACCUGCAUGGAAUAUAAAGGGAUUGAGCUAUGCUUUCUAG